UUUCGGCACUUAGCAUACAGUAAUAUUAACGCAGAACUAGAAUUAGGGGCAGGUACAGCGUAGACGUGCAUAAUAAACGGGAAUAAGGCCUUAGGCCUUCAUGCUGCUACUGUAGUUACACCGGACGUAUUUGCAGGUCAUCUUCGUUUUUCAUCUAGCUGACAUUAAGAACUUUCAAGAAUGGUGCUUCCGGGAUCUCAAGAGAAGGUGUUCCAGCCUCCAAAAGACUUACAAAAGCAUGCACAUAUACCGGACUUUAAAACAUAUCUCAGACUAUACAAGAAAUCCACUGAGGACCCAGAGGUAUUCUGGAAAGAAGUUGCUGAAGAUUUCUAUUGGAAGAUACCCCCAACAGGACAGAUUCUGCAGUAUAAUUUUGAUAUGACAAAAGGGAGUAUUUAUGUGAAAUUCAUGGAAGGCGCAAAAACCAAUGUGUGCUACAAUGUCCUUGACCGAAAUAUCCUGGAGAAGAACCUUGGUGAAAGGGUGGCAUUCUACUGGGAAGGAAACUCACCCGAUUACCAUCUUUCCAUCACUUACAAUUCACUGCUGGCACAAGUGUGCAAGUGUGCCAAUGUCCUCAGGCACAUGGGUGUUGAGAAAGGAGACCGUGUUGCCAUCUACUUACCCAUGAUUCCAGAGCUGGUGUACACGAUGCUGGCCUGUGCCCGUAUAGGGGCGGUUCACUCCAUAGUGUUUGCAGGCUUCUCCUCUGAGUCUCUCUGUGAGCGGAUUCUGGACGCCCAGUGCUCCUUCUUGGUGACAGCAGAUGGUGUGUACAGAGGCGAGAAGCUGAUCAACCUGAAGCAGAUUGCAGACGAGGCGCUGAGCCGCUGCAAGCUGAAAGACAUACUCACAGUCAAGAAGUGUGUGGUGGUUAGACACCAGAGCCUGCAUGCAGUGAACGGGAGUCCCUCUGAUGCACUGCAGAGCCUCUGGGAUGUGGAGUUUGAUGUGUGGUGGGAUGAAGUCAUGGAAACCGCAUCUGAGACAUGUGAGCCAGAGUGGAUGGAUGCUGAAGACCCACUCUUUAUCCUGUACACUAGUGGAUCCACAGGAAAGCCCAAGGCGAUUGUUCACACCACUGCUGGAUAUCUACUUUACACAGCGCUGACAUUUAAGUACGUCUUUGACCAUCGGCCCGAUGACGUGUACUGGUGCACCGCAGACAUUGGCUGGAUCACUGGGCACUCUUACAUCACAUACGGGCCACUGGCUAACGGGGCCACCAGUGUGCUUUUCGAGGGGGUGCCCAUUUACCCCCACGUGGGAAGGUACUGGGAGAUCAUUGAGAAAUAUGGCGUGACCACCUUCUACACUGCACCCACAGCCAUUCGCCUGCUCAUGAAGUUUGGGAAGGAGCCGCUCCAGCGGUACAACCUCGGCUGCCUGCGAAUCUUGGGCACCGUGGGAGAGCCCAUCAACCCGGAGGCCUGGCUGUGGUACCACCAGGUGGUCGGCCAGGAGAGGUGCCCUGUCAUGGACACAUUCUGGCAGACGGAGACCGGGGGGCACGUCUUGACGCCCCUGCCAGCUGCCAUCUCCCUGAAGCCCGGCUCCGCGACUUUGCCCUUCUUUGGAGUGCAGCCAGCCAUUCUGAACGAGCAGGGAGAAGAGCUGGAGGGAGAGGCGGAGGGACACCUCGUCUUCCGGACGCCCUGGCCUGGCAUCAUGCGUGCCAUCCACGGGAACCAGGAGCGCUUCCAGAACACGUACUUCAAGGAGUUCCCAGGCUUCUAUGUGACUGGGGAUGGCUGCAGGCGGGACAAGGAUGGCUACUACUGGAUCACGGGCCGGAUCGAUGACAUGCUGAACGUGUCUGGGCAUCUGCUAAGCACAGCAGAAGUGGAGGCUGCAUUGAUGGAGCACCAGUCUGUGGCGGAGGCGGCCGUGGUGAGCAGGCCACACGCGGUCAAAGGGGAGUGUCUCUACUGCUUCAUCACGCUCAAGGACGGCAUGGUAUUCAGCCACACACUGACUGAGGAGCUGAAGAAGCAAGUGAGAGAAAAAAUUGGACCAAUAGCAACGCCGGACUUCAUGCAGAAUGCCCCAGGACUACCAAAGACUCGCUCAGGGAAGAUAAUGCGGCGGAUCCUCAGGAAAAUCGCUCGUAAUGAGAAGGACCUCGGAGACCUUUCCACCAUGGCGGACCCUAAGGUGGUGGAGGUCCUCUUCAGCCAGCGGUGCAAGAUAGCCUUCUGAAUGCCCCCGCGCUGCGCAAAGCUCCUGCGGGAUGCCUGGUCCCAAGAGGAAGUAAAGCACGAAUCAUGCUUCAAUGAAACAGUUUGAAUGUCACUGUAUUCUUCUUUGUGGAUUACUGACAGUAAUGUCAGAGAGGCGGGGUCUGAGAUUACUGAUAUGAAGUAACAAAAGAAUGUAUUUGUAAACUGUGUUUGUGAUCAGCUGCUGAGCCCGUAUUGCAGAUUAACUGCAUAUGGGGAGACCAGAGUAUCCCCCUUAAUCACCCCCAUCUCACCCCUGUGACACACAGGACUUUAAAUGUACAUCUCCAUAGAAUUAUAUGUUUCUCUUUCUGUAAAAUUCCCACUUGUAGACACAGACAAGUUUAAUCACAACUCGUUCAUAUUUCAUGGUUCGUAUGCAGUGUUUUUGAACCCCUUUUACCCUCUGAAGAAACAAGUUUCAAGUGUACAAUUUCCACAGUGUCUUUUAUUUUGAGAUGAUUGUAUAAUUUUAUUCUUACAAAUUGUAUGCAUUAGGAAUUAAAGAGAAACACUAUCUUUUCACAGAGAA